AUGGACGAUGAAAUAAUAAUCCUAAAUGUUGGUGGCGUUAAGUUCGAAACCACUCGUAAUUCAUUAAUCGCUCAUCCAGAAACAACAUUAGGAAAUUUAUUUAAUCCUAAAAAUUCUGAAGCACUCAAACCAAUUUAUCCUGGUGAAUAUUACCGUACUGGUGAAAUCCUCUGGGAUGAUGAACUAUCAAAGUCCAAAGAAUUUCCUGUUUCAAAGCGAGCAAUUGAUUUGGAAAUAGAGUAUUUUAAGAUUCCCAUUAAUUCUGAAAAACGUGCUGCUCGUAAUUUACAGCAAGGUGUUACGAUACUCGACAAAUUUUGUGCAAAAUUGAUACCUUUUAUUAAUGAAGCAAUAAACAGAUUUGUUUCAGAAGUCAGUGUUUCUUAUUGGGAAACUUGCGAUGCUUGCUCUUGCGAGCCAUUUUCGAACUAUGAAAAUGGUGAUUGGUAUAAAGAAUUUAUGAAACAAGGCUGUGGGCUAUUGAAAAAGGAAAAGGUUGUUAAUGCAAUAGAAAAGCGAUUGAAGAGCCAUUUUCCUUCUAUUAAAGUAAACAGUACAAGUAGUCUAUAUAUGGGUUCUCAUUAUAAUUUGGUAAUUUCUGAUUUCCUUGACAUGGAUUCAAUAUUGGAAAACUUUGAAUAA